CUGCAGGUCACAUGACCAGCAUAUAGUCGCCUCUUAACAUUUUCUCGCAUCUUGACGUUGCAGGGUUUCCAAAAGUUGUCCCGUCACUAUCGCCUAUUCGCACGUUUCGCAACUGCUACGUCUGUUCUUCGUUUUCUGUACCUUUUAUUGUGUCCUGUGUCGUCCCAUAUCCUUCUCAUUCUGAGUCUAGGCGCCGAGUCAUUCACCGUUCAUGACAUUUCCGACCGCGCCUGCGAAGCCUUUUACGGGUACCACGAGAGGAGAAGAGAAUCUGUUACAACAACCUCGGGAGACUGGCCAAGUCACCCCAGAAGGUCACAAUGCCAGUGCGACACCGGUAACAAAGAACGAGCCUGUGGCCAAGCCAUGGGCUCAUUUCGUUGCAGGAGGGUAGGCAACAACUAUCCUAACCAAUGUCCAACUCAAAUGGUUGACAAAACCUUCUAGUAUCGGUGGCAUGACCGCAGCUGGCUUAACCUCUCCUCUUGAUGUCCUAAAGACUCGAUUACAAUCAGACUUCUAUCAAUCACAGCUACGAGCGCUCCAUGCUCAACAUCCUCUUCCCCCGAAACACACUUUCACCAGAAUACCUCGAGCCGCAUACUUCCACCUCGCAGAGACUGUACAAAUACUAAGAUCGAUAUAUCAGCACGAAGGCUUUCGGGCACUUUUUCGAGGUCUGGGCGCAAACCUGGUUGGCGUUGUCCCAGCUCGCAGCAUCAACUUUUAUGUUUAUGGAAAUGGCAAGCGAAUACUUAACAACUACUUCAACCCUGAGGGCCGAGAAAACGUUUGGAGUAUCCACCUUGUAGCGGCAGCGGUUGCAGGAAUCGCAACAGGUACGGCGACGAAUCCAAUCUGGCUUGUGAAGACGAGGCUACAGCUGGACAAGAACAACGCCAGCAACGAUCCUUUACGAGGCCGACAUUACAAGAACAGCUGGGACUGUAUCCGACAAACUGUCAGACACGAGGGCAUCAGGGGCCUGUACCGUGGCUUAUCGGCAUCGUAUCUUGGAGUCACAGAAUCAACGCUUCAAUGGGUGCUGUAUGAACGGCUGAAGUUGUCUCUGGCGAGACGGGAAGCGAAGCGGUUAAACACCCCCGGAUACCGCCACACGUGGGUUGAUAACACCGAGGAAUGGGCCGGCAAGUUCAGCGCUGCUGCCGGAGCCAAACUGUUUGCCGCAGUCAUCACAUACCCCCACGAAGUUGUGAGGACGAGGUUACGACAAGCGCCCACAACCAUCUCCGAGUCCGGCAAAGUCACCGUCAAGUACACCGGUCUGGCGCAGUGCUUCCGGCUUGUCGCUAAAGAAGAGGGCCUCGCUGGCCUGUAUGGAGGCAUGACGCCGCAUUUGCUUCGAACCGUGCCCAGUGCAGCCAUCAUGUUCGGAAUGUAUGAGAUAAUACUGCGCUUGUUCGGGACGACCUCGUAAUGUCAAGAUGACCCCGACGCCUCAGGGGCUUGUACCAACACUACCAUCAUGUCACGAUAUCAAAAGUAUUCCAGUGUUGGAUUGGCGCAGGGCAAUCAGGAAAGGCUGCGUCUGGAAAAUUACACAGAUACCCUCCUCCUUAUCAAGUAGGAAUAAUAAGAUCCCGUUAGUGGACCUUGUUCCACUGACGCAGUUGCUGUAUAAAUUAC